AUGUCUUUGAUCCAAGCUCCUACAGAAUUCGCCGGCACCGAGCACCCAGAACGCGCAGAUACCUUCACCAGCCCAAUGCAUCGGAAGCUCUACGACCCUGAUGUGACAUUAGAGGAAUAUAUGCACUAUGCGAGACGUACCAGAGCUGAACAAGAUACUGAAGAGGCGACUCCCAGUCCAGGAAUUCUGCAGCAAGUGUUCAAAAGUGGCCCCAGUGCCCCUGUUGUCGUUGGAAUACCGCCACAAAACGUCGCCACCGGAGCCCAAGGUGGUGAUGAGACUGGGAUGCCUGUGGGGAAGAGUCCUGACGAUCAUUUGCCUCACCAAGGCCAAAAGAGUCAAGCACACCAACUCACUCAGGCCAUCAUCACCGAGGAUGAAUGGCGAAAUGCAGCUCGCGCACUAAGGACAGCGAGCUGGGGUGCAGGGUUUUAUCUUAUAACGACAGACAUCCUCGGGCCCUAUGGCGUUGGCUUUGCGCUUGGCACACUUGGCUGGGGCCCAGGCAUUGCUCUAUAUACAGUCUUCGCUUUCAUGGCUGGGUAUUCUGGAUACUUAUUGUGGCAGGUCUACCUUGGUUUGGAUUCCUACGAAUUCCCACUUCGAAACUAUGGCGACCUCGCCUUUCGUACGAUGGGCGCAUCUGCCCGCCACCUUGUCAACUUCUUGCAGAUUAUUCAGCUGAUCCUGAUAUGCGGUCAAGUGAUUAUCUUGAACGGACAAGGUAUUUCGCAGGUAUCGAAGUUCAAACUUUGCUACGUUGUCUGCAUCGUCAUUUUCGUUGUCGGUGGAUUCCUCGUCGGACAGAUUCGCACGCUACGAAAUUACGGAAUUGUUUCUAUGAUUGCUGUGGGAACCAACUUAUUGGUUAUCUUCAUCUCAAUGGGCGUUAUGGCGCACUCACCACCGAAUUAUCGAAUCAGCACCCUUGGCUCUGCGGGUUCCGCUGUCAACUCUGCCACUAUUACCCCAGACUCGAAUGGAGUUUAUCCUCCUAUCAUUCACUACAAUGGACUGCCCGACUCGACCAGCUUCAUUGGUGCUAUUAACGGCCUCAUGUCUGGAGUCUUUGCCUAUGGAGGCGCACAAAUCUUUAUCGAAAUCAUGGCAGAAAUGCGUCGACCUUGGGAUUUCAUUAAAGCUAUGUGUAUUGCUCAGCUGUUUAUCUACACAGUUUACCUCAGUUACGGAUGUUACGUCUAUUACUUUCAAGGACAAUAUUCAUUCACUAACGCAUACAUGGGUCUCAGUAUCUACGGGUUUCAAGCUACCUGUGAUAUAUUGGUUGUCCUUGUUGGCCUGGUCGCUGCUGGUCUCUACGGUAAUAUCGGCAUCAAAGUCAUAUAUAACCAGGUACUCCUGGAGUUCUUCCACGCUCCGCCGCUAGAGACAAGGACCGGCAGAUACAUCUUUGCGGCGCUCGUUCCUAUCUAUUGGAGCGUGGCAUUCAUCAUUGCAGCGGCGAUCCCCGACUACUUCGCCUUUGUCUCGGUUAUCGCGGCCUUCUGUGUCAUUCAAUUCAGCUACACAUUCCCAGCUAUCAUCCACUUGGCAUAUACGAUGCAAAAAGACUCGAUCGGCAAAGGGGAGGGCUUUAACGUGACAACUGGAGAGACUAUUCGGAAAGACCACGGUGCGAGACGGUUACUGAGAGGGUUUCUUGCUGGCCGGUGGUAUCUAAACGUCUGGAACGUUAUCCAUGCAUGUGGAGCAUUGGCCACGGCCGGUCUCGGUGCUUAUGCAGCCAUUGAGGGAAUGAUGGAGGCAUUCAAGAUCCCCGAGGUGAAUGCCUUUACUUGCAGAAGCCCUCUGGAUUUAUCUGCAUAAGGUUAUAUGCUGUUCGCCCAGGCUCAUACUCUCUCUUGUGACUUGGCUUCCUUGUCGGUGGUGUUCAAGGCAUGUUGGGCGGCGCUUCGACUUGGUGUGGUAGAGCUGAAUCAGACAUGGCUGGCAAUCAAUAUGAUUGUCGGCUUUCUUUCACUAUCGAGUAGUUUUGAAAUACCAUGCGGAUCAGACCCGACAGGAUUGCGUCUUGACGAGUCGGGUUGUGCGGAGAAUCUUUCGAGGAAGGGGUCGGUUCUCGCGUGUUUUAGUCGCAUCUGCUAACCGACUAUGCUCAUGUUUUAUGUAAA